CUCUCAGAUCUCUUCCCCCCCACAUCGUCUCCAACCUACCUCCUCUCCUCUGAUCCUCUCCUUCGCCCAUCGCGCCAGGCGUGGGCGCCCAGGGUGGUGGAGUUUGACCUGCCGCGAUGGAUCGCGCCGAGCUCACCACCGACCAGGUUCUCAAGCGGGACAUUCCAUGGGAGUCGUAUAUGUCAACUAAGCUGAUCUCUUCGACAGACCUCCAGCUUUUAAGGCGUUAUGACCACAAACCAGAAGCUCAGAGAGGUCCGUUGCUUGAGGAGGACGGGCCAUCCUAUAUUCAACUUUUUUUGAAUAUCUUGCGGAGCAUCUCUAAGGAAGAGACCGUGGAAUAUGUGCUUGCCCUCAUUGAUGAGAUGCUUGCAGCAAAUCCUAAACGGGCAGCACUGUUCUAUGACAAAUCUCUCUCCGGUGAAGACAUUUACGAUCCUUUCCUAAGAUUGCUCUGGAAAGGUAACUGGUUCGUACAAGAAAAAAGCUGCAAGAUAUUGACCCAGUUAAUAAGUGCGAGACCUAAGCUUCAGAAUGGCAUGGUUCCAAAUGGAGAGGCCUCAAAUUCAAAGAGCAAGCUUACAUCAAUUCAUGAUGUGUUGAAGGGUUUGGUUGAUUGGCUCUGUUCUCAGCUGAGGAACCCCACCCACCCGAACUGUUCUAUUCCUACGGCUACCCAUUGUCUUGCCACUUUGCUAAAGGAGAUAUAUGUCAGAACUUUAUUUGUUCAGGCAGAUGGUGUUAAAUUGCUCAUUCCUUUAAUAUCUCCAGCUUCAACACAACAGUCAAUUCAGCUCCUCUAUGAAACCUGCCUUUGUAUCUGGCUUUUAUCCUUCUAUGAUGCAGCUGUUGAUUAUUUGUCCACUACAAGGGUUUUGCCAAGACUUGUAGAAGUUGUCAAAGGCUCUACUAAAGAGAAGGUUGUUAGAGUUGUCGUGAUGUCCUUCCGUAAUUUGCUGGCAAAGGGCGCAUUUGCUGCCCAAAUGAUUGAUCUUGGGUUGCCACAUAUAGUACAGAACUUGAAAGCUCAAGCAUGGAGUGAUGAGGAUUUAUUGGAUGCACUGAAUCAACUAGAAGUAGGCCUCAAAGAGAACCUUAAGAGGUUGAGCUCAUUUGAUAAAUACAAACAGCAAGUUCUUCUUGGCCAUCUCGAUUGGUCUCCAAUGCACAAAGACCCAAACUUCUGGCGGGAGAAUAUUACUAAUUUUGAGGAAAAUGAUUUCCAGAUCCUACGUGUCCUUAUGACAGUCAUCGACACCUCAACCGACACUACUGCUCUCGCCGUCGCCUGCUACGAUCUCUCGCAGUUCCUUCAGUACCACCCUUCUGGCCGCUUGGUAGUGGCAGACCUGAAGGCGAAGGACCGUGUUAUGAAACUCAUGAACCAUGACAACGGUGAAGUGAGGAAGAACUCCCUACUCUGCGUGCAGAGGCUCUUCCUCGGCGCGAAGUAUGCUAGCUUCCUGCAGGCUUAAGACCAGGAAUUUUGUAUUUAUAUGAAGCGUUAGAUCCACAGAACCCCAUGCCAUUUUUUCAUAAUGGCGAAACGAUGAUUGAGAAUGUGAGACCUCGAAAAUUCUUGUCCAGUAUAUCCUGUUGCUAUUUGAUUUAUGGAACUGUUGUAUAAUAAAUAAUCUCAGCUAUUCCUUGCUCGGUGUAAUAAAGUGUUCAUCUGUAGUGCUACUUUCCUCUGAACAGUGCUGUUGUCCGAGGAAAGAAAAUAAGAUACACGAUUUAUGUAAAUUGUAUUCAUUUUUUUU